AUGCUGGUAAAUUCAAAACAUUUAGCUUCAUAUGUAACACCAAAUAAUAUGCUUGUCAUUGAAGUACCUAUUCAUAAUUCAGAAAUAGAACGUCGUGUUGCUCAAGCAAAAAAUGAUAAUCAAAUUGGUUCAGAUUUUCAACCACGUAUUAUUGAUAAAGGUAAUAAUCAAAAACAACUUGAAAUAUCAAUUGAAAUGAAAAAUUCUCGACCAGAUGAAAUAAAAGUAUCAGUUAAAAAUAAUGAAUUAAUUGUACAAGGUGAACAUCAACAUAAAGAUAAGAAUUGUUCAGAACGAUCCUUCUUCUUUAAAUCAACAACAUUACCAUCUGGUACACAAAUGGAUCAAUUACAAUCACAUUUAACAGAUGACGGACAAUUAGAACUUGAAGCACCUUAUAUUAAUUUUGAAAUGAUAAAAGUUCAUGUCCAUCUCUCAUAG